AUGCAAAGUGAUCGCGAGAAGAAGAUUCCAGUUUUUAAGUUCACGUCUGCUAGGAAGCCCACGCUACUGGAAUCACUUUCAGAAAUCCUUAGGGAUCAGCAAGAGCUGAACAAGGAGAGUGGAGAGGACCUCGGACUUGGACGGAUUAAGACAGGUUCAUUGACAACAGUUCCGAGAGAAGUAGAAAAAUAUGAGAUGGACUCAGUGCCAGAGUAUGCGUGCGAAAAGAAAGGAGUAAGAUUGCAGUUGAAAGAUGGCGCCGGAAAAGCGUCCUAUAUAACGCAGCGACAGUCCACCUCUUGCAGCAGUAGUCGAAAGGACCCUUCUGCAGGAACACCAAGGAUGAGGAAUAUCUUUCUACGGGUAACUGUUUUCGCGAUGAUCUGUUCGUGGGCAUUGCCUGAGAGCCAGCUGGGCAUGCGCAAGAGAGAGGCAGCCUACAGGUACUGCGGUCCCAACCUCGCCAACGUCCUGCGGUUUAUCUGCAACGGCUCGUAUCACACUGACGAGCACUGGAAAAGAAAUUCAGGCUCCACUGAAAUGAACAAGGCACAGGACACGGACGGCAGCCCGUGGUUCCAAACGGGAGAUGCAGAAGAGGUGUUCCCAUUCCGGCCACGGUGGAUGGCUAACCAGUUCACAAACAGAAACUUCCGCCGCCAGAGGAGGAGCGCCGGUAUUGUUGAGGAAUGUUGUGUGUUCAAAGGCUGCACAGUCAGCGAACUGUCCGAGUACUGCUCCGCGAGGUAGUCGAGGCGACUGCAGACAUGCAUACAGACCUCUCUCAUUAUGACCGGCUCCAGUCAAAUGAAAUAAAUAUGGAUUUAAUAUGUAUUUAUAAUUAAAUAAACGUAUAUGACAAGUUUCUUUACUUCUUGUACCGAACGGUACUGUCAUUAGUUAUUGCAGUACAUGUAGUAAUCUGACAUGUUCUACAUCCUAGCCACAUUGUGACCAGAGAGGAUUCAUGGAAUUUUAAAAUAAAUGAAUGAAUG